AGGGCCCGGCCGUGUCUGGAAGCGGCCCGGCCUGCAGCCCCUGCCGGGAAGCACCCCCGGGCCUGUGCCCACCCGUAAGAGCAGCCCCCUCGUUCCUAUCGUCCCGUCCCCCGCACCCCCUCCCCACCGGUGGUUGGGGAGGGAGAGCUCUGCUGGACCAGGGAGCUCCAGUCUGCAAGCUCCAGCCCUCCACUUCCGCACUCAGCCGGCGCGGCUCGUGAUGGUCACGGUCACGUGCCUCCCCACCCUCUGGGCUCCUGGUUCUAGCACUGGAGUGGACCCGGAUCUUUUGCAACCGAUCGCUUCUUUUGCAGCGCUCCACUGUCACUGAGCGACUCACAGCAGUGACUUUGGGGCCCUCACUGAGGCGGCCUGGUGGUGGUGUAGUCGACUUGCUCACCACAGGGACAGUGGUUUGAACCCACCCGGUGCCCUACAAAAAAACCCGAGGCUCUCUGCUGUCAAGAUUGACAGUUCUCCGCCCCGUGGGGUUACAGUGAGUCAGCAUCAACUGGAUGGCAGUGAGUUUCAGGCUGCACAGUGCCGGGAUCUUCCUGAUCUCAACCACAUGACCUGUGCUUAUUCCUAAUGACCUUCGGCCACAGUUUCACCAGCUGGUCUGGUGGGUUGCUAACUGUAAGGCCUCCGUUUGAACCCAUGAGCUGCCCUGCGUGGGGUAAGAAGAAACUUCCUGCACCCUUAAAGACCGCAGCCCCAGAAAACCCUAGGGAGCUGUUGACUCCUGUGAGGUUGAUUUGGCGACAGAAAGAAAGAAGGCAGGGGUAGAACACAGUGACGGGAGCAUUCUGAGCUCCCAGGUGAGGUUCACUGCCGAGAAGUCACACUGUCCAGGCCAGAGGUGGACAGUCUGCGGGGAGGGAGUAACGGGAAUUUUCCACUGCAACUUCGUUGUCUGCAGGUCGGAGCUAAGCAACAGGGUUCAAAGUCUCUGUAAAGGUCAGUCUUCUGCACCUGGACCAGAGGCCACCGGAGGAGGGGGAGGAGGAGGAGAGGGAGGGGAGAAAGGGGUCUGGCCCCUGGUAGCGUCCUUGAAGUGUGUUCAUCAGCUUUAUCUCCUAGACCACCUGCCCUGCUAACUCCUGCUUCUGCCUGACAACUCCCACCUUAGCCUGGGUGUCUACUCGCGGGCUGCUAGGGCAAGGUGGCAGUUCCAAACCACCAGAGGAGGCUUUCCACUUCCCUCAAGAGUUACGCUCUCAGAAGCUUGCGGGCCAGUUCUCACCUGUCCCAUAGGGUGGCUAUGAGGAAUCUGCAUCGCAUCCACUAGCUGGCACUGAGUUUUUGAGCCCUGCAAUUCGCAGCCAUGUUUUUUCCUGCCUGCUCCCUGCCCCCACCUCCUGAGCCCCCUCGACCCCGGGCCAGCGGAGCCGGGACACACAUCUACCCAGUCACUAGCCACUACGGUAGCACAUCUCAGGAACAGGCUCCAAAGCUCCUCCGGGAGCUUUUCCAAGCAGGGACAUCAUUUGACAGUUGACUCUGGUAAUUUCACCCCCACCCCUAAAUCCAGCCCUCUGUUCUAGCCUCCUCCAACCACUUCCAUCAGGGGUCCUUCUUGUCCACCAGGCUGGGAGAUUGGAAGGUCAUCUGCGGACAGGGUGACUAAAAAGUACCAAGCAUCUCCCAAGGGGUCAACAAAUUGUUUUUCCACACCCAGUCCUUGGCUCCGCCCUCCCUCUCCCUCCUUCAUUCAACAGGUAUUCACUUCUUUUGUGAGCUCCUGGCUCCCAUCCAGUGCUCUUCCCCUUGCCCCACCUGCAUGGAGUCGAGGCACCAUGACCACGGUGAGGAGCCAGCACUCCUUGGUGGGCCAGACCUACGCGGUACCCCUCAUCCAGGCAGACCUGCGGCGAGAAGAGGCCAUACAGCAGGUGGCAGAUGCCCUGCAGUACCUACAGAAGGUCUCCGCGGACAUCUUUAGCAGGAUCUCCCAGCGCGUGGAACUGAGUCGAAGCCAGCUACAGGCCAUUGACGAGCGGGUCUCAUUGGCCCAGGCCAAGAUUGAGAAGAUCAAGGGCAGCAAGAAGGCCAUCAAGGUGUUCUCCAGCGCCAAGUACCCUGCCCCGGAGCACUUGCGGGAGUACGGCUCCAUCUUCACCGGGGCCCAGGACCCUGGCCCCACAAGACGCCCACGGCACCGGAUCCAGAGCAAGCACCGGCCCCUGGACGAGCGGGCCCUGCAGGAGAAGCUGAAGUACUUCCCCGUGUGUGUGAACACCAAGCAGGAGCCAGAGGAUGAAGCCGAGGAGGGGCUGGGGGGGCUCCCCAGCAACAUCACCUCCGUCAGCUCCUUGCUGCUCUUCAACACCACAGAGAACCUGUACAAAAAGUACGUCUUCCUGGAUCCCCUAGCCGGCGCUGUCACCAAGACACACGUGAUGCUGGGGGCAGAGACGGAGGAGAAGCUGUUCGAUGCCCCGCUGUCCAUCAGCAGGAGGGAGCAGCUGGAGCAGCAGACUCCAGAGAACUACUUCUACGUGCCUGACCUGGGACAAGUGCCCGAGAUUGACGUGCCAUCCUACCUGCCCGACCUGCCUGGCAUCGCUGAUGACCUCAUGUACAGUGCCGACCUGGGCCCCGGCAUCGCCCCCUCAGCCCCUGGCACCAUCCCAGAGCUGCCCACCUUCCACACAGAGGUGGCCCAGCCUUUCAAGUCCGACAGAGAAGAUGGGGUGCUAACAGCACCCCCACCCCCUCCUCCACCACCACCCCCUCCCCCCGCUCCUGCAGUGCUGAUCAGCGCACCCCCGCCCCCACCCCCGCCCCAGACGGUGGCCCCACUGGACCAAGGCGCCAGAGACAGCAAUGGUGGCAGUGGUACAUCUCCCCCAGCUCCAGUCCAGGGAGCCCCCAAGGAAGUGGUCGACCCCUCCAGUGGCCGGGCAACACUGCUGGAGUCCAUCCGCCAGGCCGGAGGCAUUGGCAAGGCCAAGCUCCGCAGUGUCAAGGAGCGUAAGCUGGAGAAGAAGAAACAGAAGGAGCAGCAACAAGUGAGGGCCACAAGCCAAGGUGGGGACCUGAUGUCGGAUCUCUUCAACAAGCUGGCCAUGAGGCGCAAAGGUAUCUCCGGGAAAGGACCCGGGGCAGGGGCCGGUGAGGGGCCAGGCGGAGCCUUCGCCAGGAUGUCGGACUCCAUCCCUCCUCUGCCUCCCCCACAGCAGCCUCCUGGAGAGGAGGAGGAGGAUGACUGGGAAUCCUAGGUGCACUCAGCCCUGCCUUGACAGAGCCAGCAGGGCGGCUGCUUCUCUCAGCACCUGCUGCCCUGGGGGCAGGAAGCCUGGCUUCACAGAU